ACCAGGCCUUUGCAGUAGGGAGUUGCUAGACAGACCUCUUAAGUUUUUCACUACUUUACUUGUAAUUUUUGCCUUACUUUGGACUUUAACUUUAAACAUUUCUAUACAUCAAUGAUCUCGAUGAUUCCCACGGGUGACACUGACCGGUAAAAGAGAGAGUUUUGGGCGUGGUACGUAACUUGAAAGCCAAAGAAGGAAGGAGAGAGAGGGGUAACAUCGGAGUGACCGCGGCGGAGCUUAUGAUGCCGACGUUGCGGGACAGCACCAUGUCCCACCCCGGCGAAAAUUCACAUCAAGUCCGGGUAAAAGCUUACUAUAAAGGGGACAUCAUGAUCACUCACUUCGAGCCGUCCAUCUCAUUCGAGGGUCUGUAUGGAGAGGUGCGAGACAUGUGCUCCAUGGACAAUGACCAGCUCUUCACCAUGAAGUGGAUUGACGAAGAAGGUGACCCGUGCACAGUGUCAUCUCAGCUGGAGCUGGAGGAAGCUCUGCGACUCUAUGAACUCAACAAAGACUCCGAGCUCAUUAUCCAUGUGUUCCCUAAUAUCCCAGAGAAGCCUGGAAUGCCAUGUCCAGGAGAAGACAAGUCUAUAUACCGACGUGGGGCUAGACGCUGGAGGAAGCUUUACUAUGCGAGUGGCCACGCUUUUCAGGCAAAGCGCUUCAAUAGGCGAGCGCACUGUGCCAUCUGUACAGACAGGAUCUGGGGUCUGGGGCGGCAGGGAUACAAAUGCAUCAAUUGUAAACUAUUGGUCCACAAAAAGUGCCACAAACUGGUCACAGUGGAGUGUGGCAGACCAGUGUUACAGGAGCCAAUCAUGCCGGGCCCACCAUCAAGUCAAUUAGACCAAACGGAACAGCCAGGCGCGCACAAAGAGUCCAGAGAAAGCCUGACGUACGACGGAGAAGAGAAAGAGGCCCGCAGCAGCAGAGACACAGGGAAGUCGCCCUCCAGUCUGGGUCUGGCAGAUUUCGACCUGCUCCGGGUGAUCGGGAGAGGGAGCUACGCUAAAGUGCUGCUAGUGCAACUGAAGAAGACCGAGAGGAUCUACGCCAUGAAGGUGGUGAAGAAAGAGCUGGUCAAUGACGAUGAGGACAUCGACUGGGUUCAGACGGAGAAGCACGUGUUCGAGCAGGCAUCCAAUCAUCCCUUCCUGGUCGGCCUCCACUCGUGUUUUCAGACAGAAAGCAGACUGUUCUUUGUUAUUGAGUAUGUUAAUGGCGGAGAUCUGAUGUUCCACAUGCAGAGACAACGGAAACUUCCAGAAGAACACGCCAGGUUUUACUCAGCAGAGAUCAGUAUGGCACUAAACUACCUCCACGAACGAGGAAUCAUUUAUAGAGAUCUGAAACUGGACAAUGUUCUUCUCGACUCCGAGGGACACAUCAAACUCACUGACUACGGCAUGUGCAAGGAGGGUUUGAGGCCUGGAGACACGACCAGCACUUUUUGUGGGACGCCCAAUUACAUUGCCCCUGAAAUCCUCAGAGGAGAAGAUUACGGCUUCAGUGUGGACUGGUGGGCUUUGGGGGUGCUCAUGUUUGAGAUGAUGGCAGGACGGUCUCCAUUUGACAUUGUGGGGAGCUCAGACAACCCUGACCAGAACACAGAAGACUACCUCUUCCAAGUAAUAUUGGAAAAACAGAUCCGAAUCCCGCGCUCGCUGUCAGUCAAAGCUGCCAGUGUCCUGAAGGGUUUCCUGAACAAGGACCCAAAGGAGCGUCUCGGCUGUCACCCUCAGACUGGGUUUGCAGAUAUCCAGGCUCACCCGUUCUUCAGAAACGUCGACUGGGACCUCUUGGAGCAUAAGCAGGUGGUGCCUCCCUUCAAACCAAACAUCUCAGGAGAAUUCGGGCUGGACAACUUCGACGCACAGUUCACCAACGAGCCCAUCCAGCUCACGCCGGACGACGAUGAUGUGGUGAAGAAGAUUGACCAGUCUGAGUUUGAAGGCUUCGAGUACAUAAACCCUCUGCUGAUGUCUGCAGAGGAGUGCGUGUGAUCACUCUGUCUCUCCCACAGACUCUCUCAUGAACACAUCUCUGCUGCAUGGUUUUUCAAGACUCUCACCAACGCUGCUUUUUUUUUGCCAAAUCCAGUCUUUGCCAUUCACAACCACUCUGCCCUUAAAACUGUCAAUUUUUCUUUUGGAAUUCUUAUUUUUGUAUCUUGUAAACUGCACUGAGAUGUCAUAGGGGCCUCUUCAGCAGUUGGCGUCCGCCGCACUGCUAACUCUCGGUUCUUCCAAGUUGCUGAACACUCGAAAUGGCGGGAGGUGAAAUGCUCGACGUAUGAACUAAAGAGACGUUCUUCCAGCUGGUGAUUUGUAUUUUCAAUGCAUUUUUAAUUUGUACAUAUUAUUUACUGAUAACGAACUAUAUUGAUAACAUUAGACAAGGCUUUUUAGCUUCAAGGUACAAAACCAGAAGACAGUAUGAAGCCUCUUUCACACAUGCCCUAAAACAAUACAACAGAACAAAUGUUUUUUUACUGGUUGUAAGUGGCCAAAAGUCCUUUAUCAAUUGUUCUAAUGGAAAAUUACCACAAAUUGAUCAACAAAUUUGUAACAUGGCAUUUUGUCAUCGCAGUAAUAUUGAGUUUUGUGUUAAAUGUGCACUAUGUCACUUUCUGCUUGUCUCUGUGGAGAUAUUAUUGCUUUGCUUGUGAUGUUCCGCCAUAUGGCAUUAAACCCAUAGAUGUGAAUUGUAACUCAGCCCAGAAGUUUCACCUGCAGAAAUGCCAUACUGUGGAAAAUUUCAGGCAAAUCAAUAACGUUUCCAGCGAAACAUGCAGGGGGGGAGUUAGCCUGAUUCAUCAGCUGGUUUCACUUUGUAGAAACUGUCUGACCUCGCAGUGUUAGAAUUUGUUCGCUCGACAGUAGGCGGGUACUUUUUUUUUACUUUAACCAGUCGCUGCUCUUUGGUGGUGACGUAUGUAAUGUUCCACGAAUGGGGCAAACUGGUAUAUUAAGCUUUUCCCAAAUCCCGUAGGAAGAAGGCAAUAACGUGUUUCCCCUUGAUAAAAUUCACCAAACAUUCUCUUUGUUCCGGCUUUAAAUCUUCGAUCUUGGGAAUCGUUGCCAACACAGAAUGUAUGGCUCUUCGUUGAUUGGCUGGUGCCCGAACUCGCACUUCUGGGUUUUUGUGAACCGUCUAGUGUAUUCCGAUUCCUGACCUAGUCAUUGGAGAGAAAUUAAAUGAAGUGGAGGCGCGAGGGGGGAAUGCCCUCUUCCAAAAACCUCCCAUGGUGCAUCGUGCACUACUUUGUAAUAAUGGCCAAUCAGGCACACAAUAUAUUCUCUGCUAAACAAAUCAUUGUAAUCAGACAUGUAGAGAAUAAACUGCCCUGGUGGCACUGGGAAAUUGGACUGGCCUGGCUAACAUAAAACUACAGCAACUUAUUCCAUAUUUUCAACUCUCAAAUUACUGUUUAAAUGAAAGUAUUCUAGACAAAAAAAGUAAACAUAUCCAGUAAAAUGAUAAUCAUGUGCAUGUGUGAAAGAGGCAGACAUCACAACAUAUUGGACUUAGCUUUGUCACCCCUUUCUGUAGAUUAAAUUACACUAAUCUUUAAAAAUCAUAAUUAUUAAAACUGUAUUUCCUCUUUAUAUUAUUUAACGGUAACAUAUUAUAUUUUCAGAUGGGGUUAACACUACCAAAAAGUGCUAGUAUUUAGAUGUACAAUGGUUUAGUUGUAUUAUUGAUUAGCGACUUCUGGCUUACAGAGGUUGUCCCUUGUUGAAGGAGCUGUAACACUAUUAGUAACAAUAGUAAUGCUAAUAUUUAGACUGUGAAGUAUAGGCUGGAGGUGUACUCACUGUGCAAAUCAUUACGCAAAACACACAGGACCAAAAAUAAGGUACUUACUAAGGUACAAUAUAAGGAAGAUGUCCUAACUCAAUUAUAUAUUCUGAUUUUCUAUUAUUUUAUUGUUAUGCCUUUCUGAAAUGUGUUUGUAUUGUUUUUCAUUCCACUUUUGUUUUUGAGAGAUAUGUUCAAAGCCAUCACAAAGAGGUAGGAUUUUUUCUGUGAUGAAAUUUAACAAGCUGAAAACUCAAAAAACAUUGGGCCCAUUCAUUGUAUUAUUGUUCUUUUUGUGAGUUGAAAAAAUGCUUUCAAUCAUUUUUUUAUUAUGUUGAUUUACAAAAUGUUACGGGGUACGCCCAUUGAAAACACGUUUAUUUUUGGGUCGGUGUAUGGCCCACAGGACUCGCUCAAACCUUUGUUAUUAGUGUAAAAAACACUCACAGUAAAAUAAACAUUUUAUUUCUCA